GAGCAGCCCGACCCGCUAGAGCUAGGGUUUUAUUUUCAAGACGCUGCAUUCGCUAAUUCUCUCUCCGUCGUCGUCUUCCCGUUUGUCCGACGAAGAUGGCGAAGAAGACGAAGGAGCUAGGAAGCCGUAAUAACGUUAACAAUGGCGAUUCUAUUUCUGGUUCCAGCAUUUUCAAUAAACUGUUUGGAAAUAUCUCGGAACAGCAGACUACAACCUCUCUCUUUUCUGACGAUAACCCUUUUCGAAGAAAAGCCCUUGAUCUUUCCAUUGAGGAGAACAAAGCAGGUGGAGAUGAAAACCCUGAUUCUGCAAAGUUGUUGAAGAAGGGGGAGAAGAAGAAGAAGAAGAGAGAGAUAAAACCUAGUUUGGAUUCAGAUUCGGAUCACGAAGAAUUGAAGAAAAAGAAAUUGAAGGUUUCCGUCAUGGAAUCAAAGGAAAUAGAUGGCGAGGAUGAGAAAGAGAUUAAUAAAAGGAAGAAGAGAAAGAGGGAUAUGCUAGAGGCGCAGUAUGAGGCACGCAAAUAUGGGACGCCGGUCGUGAAAGAUGAAGGCGCUAAAGAAGGACAAAGUGGGGAGGCCACUACUGGGAAGAAGAGGAAAAAAGUCGAUGAUCCCGCAGACAUGAUGGUUUCUAAGGAAGGUUUCGAUGAUGAGGCGAAGCUGUUGAGAACCAUUUUCGUUGGGAAUUUGCCUCUGAAGGUGAAGAAGAAGUCUCUAUUGAAAGAGUUCAGCCAGUUUGGAGAGGUGGAGUCUGUGAGGAUUCGGUCUGUUCCUUUAUUGAGUACUAAAUUAUCAAGGAAGGGUGCAGUAAUCCAGAAUAAGGUCAAUGAUGCUAUUGACAGUGUUCAUGCAUAUGUUGUUUUCAAAACAGAGGAAUCUGCGCAGGCUUCUUUGGCCCAUAACAUGUCUGUGGUUGGAGGAAAUCAUAUUCGUGUUGAUAGGGCAUGCCCUCCUCGUAAGAAAAUGAAGGGAGAAGAUGCUCCUCUCUAUGAUUGCAAAAGGACUAUUUUUGUGGGCAACCUUCCAUUUGAUGCAAAGGAGGAAGAAGUUUAUCAACUGUUUGCAAGCGUCAAGGAUUUGGAACCCAAUAUUGAGGCCAUUCGACUUAUCAAGGAUUCUCUUACCAGCAUGGGAAAAGGCAUUGCUUAUGUCUUGUUUAAGAAUAGGGGUGCUGCUAACUUGGUUGUAAGGAAGCAUUUGAAGUUGAGGGGUCGAGAUCUUAGGCUUUCUCAUGCCAAACCGGAAGCAACCACUUCAUCUAAUAAGAGAAAGGAGACAACAAGCUUCGAGAGUAACAAUUCAACACCAACCAAGAAGAUGGCAAUUUAUUCUACACCACAAGGUAAAAUAAUCCCAAAGGUGGCUGCUAGCACCUCUUACCAGGGUUUGCGGGCAAGCAAAUCAGGCGUUGAAAAGAAAGGUAAUCUGCAUAAUAAGAAUGCCAUGAGAAAACCUACGCCUGUUGGAGAGGCAGGAAGAGGAGGAAACCAGAAAGAGAGGUCAGGCAAAAGACCUGCUGUUUUAGCCAGAAAGAAUAAGGCCUUGGCUAAGGCUAGGGCCACCGAGGGUACUUCACAACAAGCUGGGAACAACAAACGCAAGAUGUCGAACCGCACUCCAGAGAGCACCCAAAAGAACAAGAAACCCAGGACAUUUAGAUAGAAUUUUGUUUGUUUAUUUCAGCUGUUGUUUCAUUUGGCCUGAGCAAUGGGAACAAUUUGUUAUUUUGAUUUUUUAUUUGCAAUAGGUCUCUGUUUUAUUUACCAUAUGAAUUAAUGUUACUUUAUCUAAAUGAUAAAAACAAUUUUGUUUCUUUA